GUCACUAAGAGAGAGCGUCUUUAUACUGUUUUCAAAUUGCCUGUUCAUUAUUUGCGAGAUGCGGUUAAUCGACCGCAAUCGAUAAAACGAGGCUGUCAAUAGUCAUUAGGAAUCUCGUCUUUUCCGCAGUGAUCUCAUGUCUUUCUGCUGCUUUACAGGCUCUAAGCAUUAAUACAUCAACUAUAUUUAAGGCGAUUUCUGGUAAACGUGUUGAAAGGCAAAUACUGAAUUGAUUUGUUGGUGCGAUUUUUCAGUUUGGAAAAUAGACGUAAAAGUUUUGUUGCAAUAACACUGGAAUAGACAGAUACAGACGGAAGUGUUGAGAAUAAAGUGGUGACUAGUGGAAUAGUUUUGGAAACAAGGGUGCCAGUUUGUUACAAACAGCAGUACCGUAUACAGCACACAGAAUCAUGUCGAAGUAUCGUAUGAUGGAAGCCGUCCGAAACAUGCAUUUCCGUAUCCAGGCAACCGACAAUGAAACCUACGUGGCAAUAGUGGACUCGCGUGAAACAGAUUAUGAUAACAGUGGUGCUCUUUAUUAUGUGGUGGUCGUCGUUCUCAUUUACGGCCUGUCUAUUAUUAUGAUGAUUGCAUCACAUAUUAGAAGGAACAAGCAGGACGGACAACUUAGAUCAUAUCUGAAAGAAAUGGCAAUACUGAGAAAGAAAAACAGACGUGAACAACUAUUGGAGAAAAUGACGGAUCUUGCAUCCAAAUCUGGACUUUUUCCAAACCAGAAAACCCAGGAAACAGAGUUUCGUGAGAAUAAAAAAGACGAUUUAGCAUUGUAUAGCCGCCUGCCAACAGAAGCCGACGAUGAAUCACCCGACUUGUUAUUAUCAAAAACAAGCACAAGUGACUACGAGGACCCUGUCUUUAAUCCAGAGACGACGAAAUUGGAAUGCCCGAGAACACCAAAGAUCCCACCGUCCAAACUGCUAACACCUAAACUCGUACGUUCGGACGGGAAAUCUUAUAUCCAGAUUCAGGUGAUUAACGAAAAUACGGUUCUCUGAAUUCUGACAGACUCUCGUGUGAAAGCAUAUACAAUUCAUAUCAUUUACUAUUAUGAUCAGUGUCUAGUAUAUGAAGGAGGUGCUAAUAAAGAUAUAUUUAAAAUACCGUGUGACAGAUUCCUUCUUAGAUAUUAUAAGUAACAUGAAUAUAUUUAUAAUAAGUUACUGGUGAAGACUAUGUAUUUUCUAAUUGUUACAUAACUGGGUGACUUCACUCAAAACAUUAAUCGGUUACACCCUUUAUUGAUGUUUAGUAUUGUAUUAGAGUUUCAUUUUUUCGAGGAAAUCAGAAACACAUCUACACAAUAGCAUCGAUAUAUGCAAAUUGUAAUUCUUUUACAGACUUAAAAGAGACUUAAAAUAGAUUUAGAUUAUCAACAAUAACUUUUUUUUGUAAAAUGGAAAGUUGAUCUUAACUAAUGAAAUACAUUACAAAGCUUUAUCCAAACAAUAUUAAGAUAUUUAUCACCAAAUGAAAUGUGUGAUAGACUGAUAAUUGCCCUCGUACAUGUAUAUAUCUACAGAUAUAAUAGA